AUUUCACUUGACACAGGUUGACGGUUAAAGCACAGAUUCUAUAUUCCUGGUUGGAAACACAUCGGGGUGAAAAAUGGGGGAUGCUCUCAUGGCAGAAUUUGGGAUCGCUUCUUCUUUUCUGAGAAAGUCGGAUAAGGAGCGGCUGGAGGCCCAGACUCGAAUAUUUGACAUGAAGAAGGAGUGCUUCGUUCCUGACCCUGAGGUUGAGUACGUCAAGGCUUCCAUCACCAGUCGUGAUGGUGACAAAGUCACUGCUCAGACUGAAUAUGGAAAGACUGUCACAGUGAAGGAGUGCGAUGUUCACCCUCAGAACCCGCCAAAGUUCGAUAAAAUUGAAGACAUGGCGAUGUUCACCUUCCUCCAUGAGCCCGCUGUGCUGUUCAACCUCAAAGAGCGUUACGCAGCAUGGAUGAUCUAUACCUACUCUGGGCUGUUCUGUGUGACUGUCAACCCCUACAAGUGGCUGCCAGUCUACAACAAAGAAGUAGUUAAUGCCUACAGAGGAAAGAAGAGGAGUGAAGCUCCUCCUCAUAUCUUCUCCAUCUCUGAUAAUGCCUACCAGUACAUGCUGUCAGACAGAGAAAACCAGUCAGUCCUUAUCACUGGAGAAUCUGGUGCUGGAAAGACUGUAAACACCAAACGUGUCAUUCAGUACUUUGCCAGCAUCGCAGCUGCACCAAGUGGGAAGAAAGAUCUAGCUGCUGAGAAGAAGGGUACCUUGGAGGAUCAAAUCAUCCAGGCUAAUCCAGCUCUGGAGGCCUUUGGUAAUGCCAAGACCAUCAGGAACGACAACUCCUCUAGAUUUGGUAAAUUCAUCAGAAUUCAUUUUGACAACAGAGGAAAGCUUGCCUCUGCCGACAUUGAGACUUACCUUCUGGAAAAGUCUCGUGUGACCUUCCAGCUCAAAGCUGAGAGGGACUACCAUAUUUUCUAUCAGAUCUUGUCACAGCAAAAACCUGAACUUCUGGAAAUGUUGCUCAUCACCAACAACCCCUAUGACUACGCCUUCAUCUCCCAAGGAGAGACAACAGUAGCAUCUAUCAGUGAUUCUGAAGAACUGAUGGCCACUGAUGACGCUUUUGAUGUGCUGGGCUUCACUCAAGAAGAGAAGAACAGUAUUUACAAGCUGACCGGUGCCAUUAUGCACUAUGGCAACAUGAAGUUCAAGCAAAAGCAGCGAGAGGAGCAGGCUGAGGCUGAUGGCACUGAGGUUGCUGACAAAGUCGCAUAUCUUAUGGGCCUGAACUCUGCCGACCUCAUCAAAGGUCUCUGCCAUCCGAGGGUUAAAGUAGGAAAUGAGUGGGUCACCAAGGGACAAAAUGUCGCCCAGCUGCGCUGUAACGGUGUGCUGGAAGGCAUCAGGAUCUGCAGAAAGGGUUUCCCCAACAGAAUCCUCUACGGAGAUUUCAAACAGAGAUAUCGUAUUUUGAACCCUAAUGCCAUUCCUGAGGGACAGUUCAUUGAUAACAAGAAGGCUGCAGAGAAACUGUUGGGUUCUCUUACUAUUGACCACAGCCAGUACAGACUGGGGCACACCAAGGUGUUCUUCAAAGCUGGACUGCUGGGUCAGCUGGAGGAGAUGCGCGAUGACCGACUAUCACUGAUCAUCACUGGUAUUCAGUCCCGCUCAAGAGGCCUUCUUGCAAGAAUUGAAUUCCAGAAGAUUGUUGAACGCAGGGAUGCGCUGCUCGUGAUCCAAUGGAACAUCCGUGCCUUCAUGGGGGUCAAGAAUUGGCCCUGGAUGAAGUUGUUCUUCAAAAUCAAGCCUCUGUUGAAGUCCGCAGAGAAUGAGAAGGAGAUGGCCAACAUGAAGGAAGAGUUCACCAAACUGAAAGAGGCUUAUGCAAAAUCUGAAGCCCGCAGGAAGGAACUUGAGGAAAAGAUGGUCUCUCUUCUCCAAGAGAAGAAUGACCUGCAGCUCCAAGUCCAGUCUGAGCAAGAUAAUCUGUGCGAUGCUGAAGAAAGAUGUGAGGGGCUGAUCAAAAACAAAAUCCAAAUGGAAGCAAAGGCCAAAGAGCUGACAGAGAGGCUGGAGGAUGAGGAAGAGAUGAAUGCUGAACUGACGGCCAAAAAGAGGAAGCUGGAGGACGAGUGCUCUGAGUUAAAGAAGGACAUCGAUGACUUAGAGUUAACUCUAGCAAAAGUGGAGAAAGAGAAGCAUGCCACCGAGAACAAGGUAAAGAACCUGGUUGAGGAAAUGGCCGCUCUGGAUGAGAUCAUUGCCAAGCUGACCAAGGAAAAGAAAGCCCUACAGGAGGCUCAUCAGCAAACACUGGAUGACCUGCAGAGUGAAGAGGACAAAGUCAACACUCUGACCAAGGCCAAGGCCAAGCUGGAGCAGCAAGUGGAUGAUCUUGAAGGGUCUCUUGAACAAGAGAAGAAAAUUCGAAUGGACCUUGAGAGAGCAAAGAGAAAGCUGGAGGGAGACUUGAAGCUGACUCUGGAGACUGUUAUGGAUCUAGAAAAUGACAAGCAGCAGUUGGAGGAACGACUGAAAAAGAAAGACUUUGAAAUCAUUCAGCUGAAUGGCAAAAUAGAAGAUGACCUGGCCAUAAUCCUUCAACUGCAGAAGAAGCUCAAAGAGCUGCAGGCUCGUGUUGAAGAGCUGGAGGAAGAGCUUGAGGCAGAGCGAGCUGCCCGAGCCAGGGUGGAGAAGCAGAGAGCAGACUUGGCCAGAGAGCUGGAGGAGAUCAGUGAGAGGCUGGAGGAGGCCGGUGGAGCAACAUCUGUCCAGAUUGAGAUGAACAAGAAGAGGGAGGCUGAGUUCCAGAAACUGCGCAGAGACCUUGAAGAGGCCACUCUGCAGCAUGAAGCCACCGCUGCCUCACUCAGGAAGAAACAAGCUGACAGUGUUGCUGACCUGGGAGAGCAGAUAGACAACCUGCAGAGAGUCAAGCAGAAACUGGAGAAGGAGAAGAGUGAGCUCAGACUGGAGCUGGAUGAUGUGGUGUCCAAUAUGGAACAUGUUGUGAAGGCUAAGAAUAAUUUGGAGAAAAUGUGCAGGUCCCUGGAAGACCAGAUGAAUGAAUACAGAACAAAGUCAGAAGAAGGACAGCGCACCAUCAAUGACUUCACCAUGCAGAAAACAAAGCUUCAAACUGAGAAUGGUGAACUUACAAGGCUGCUUGAGGAAAAAGAUUCACUGGUGUCUCAGCUCACCAGAGGAAAACAAUCCUACACUCAGCAAGUUGAAGACCUUAAAAGACAACUGGAGGAAGAAAUUAAGGCCAAGAAUGCAUUAGCCCACGCAGUGCAGUCCUCRCGUCACGACUGUGACCUGCUCAGAGAGCAGUAUGAGGAGGAGCAGGAGGCCAAGGCUGAACUGCAGCGRGGCAUGUCCAAGGCCAACUCUGAGGUGGCUCAGUGGAGAACUAAGUACGAAACUGAUGCCAUCCAGAGGACCGAGGAGCUGGAGGAGGCCAAAAAAAAGCUGGCUCAGCGUCUGCAGGAUGCUGAGGAGGCUGUUGAGGCAGUCAAUGCUAAAUGUUCCUCUCUGGAGAAGACCAAGCACAGACUGCAGAAUGAGAUUGAAGAUCUCAUGGUGGAUGUGGAGAGAUCUAAUGCUGCUGCUGCUGUUCUGGACAAGAAGCAAAGAAACUUUGACAAGGUCUUAGCAGAAUGGAAGCAGAAGUAUGAGGAGUCUCAAACAGAGCUGGAGAGCUCUCAGAAGGAAGCCAGGUCUCUGAGCACUGAGCUAUUCAAACUGAAGAACUCCUAUGAAGAAUCUCUUGAACAUUUGGAGACCAUGAAGAGAGAGAACAAGAAUCUGCAGGAGGAAAUAUCCGACCUCACUGAACAAAUUGGUGAGGGUGGAAAGAGUAUUCAUGAGCUUGAGAAGAUUCGCAAACAGUUGGAACAAGAGAAGGCAGAGAUACAAACAGCUCUGGAGGAAGCAGAGGCCACAUUGGAGCAUGAGGAGGGUAAGAUACUCAGAGCCCAGCUUGAGUUCAAUCAGGUGAAAGCUGAUAUUGAGCGCAAGCUGGGGGAGAAAGACGAAGAGUUGGAGCAGGCAAAGAGAAACCAACAGAGAAUUGUGGACACCCUGCAGAGCUCUCUUGAGGCAGAGACUCGCAGCAGGAAUGAGGCCAUGCGUCUGAAGAAGAAGAUGGAGGGAGACCUUAAUGAGAUGGAGAUCCAGCUCAGCCAGGCCAACAGGCAGGCAGCUGAGGCCCAGAAGCAACUCAAGGCUGUGCAUUCACAUCUUAAGGAUGCUCAGCUCCAGCUUGAUGACUCUCUGAGAAUCACUGAAGAUAUGAAGGAAAACAUUGCGAUUGUAGAGAGACGCAAUAACCUGCUUCAGGCUGAAGUGGAAGAGCUGAGAGCUGCUCUGGAGCAAAUCAAAGAACUAGAGAAUGAACUGGAGGCUGAACAAAGAAAGUCAAGUGAUUCUGUCAAGGGGAUACGAAAAUAUGAAAGACGAAUCAAAGACUUGACCUAUCAGACAGAAGAGGAUCGCAAGAAUCUUGCCCGUCUGCAAGAUCUGGUGGAUAAACUUCAGCUGAAGGUGAAAUCCUACAAGAGAGCUUCAGAAGAGGCUGAGGAACAGGCCAACAACCAUCUAACCAAGUUCCGCAAGAUUCAACAUGAGCUGGAUGAAGCUGAAGAGAGAGCUGACAUCGCUGAAUCUCAGGUCAACAAGCUGCGUGCUAAGAGCCGCGAUGUGGGGUCAAAGAAAGGACAUGAAGGGGAGUAAAGCUCAUGGACUGGAUUCUAGUAUCUGAGGCAUCUGGUGUCUCCCUAAGCAUGUUGAUUGUUCAGUAGAAUAAAUGAAUCUGCAUCUCAAA